ACAACUUCCGGGUACAUCGUCCGACACAUGAGUAUUCGGCUGCAACCUAGGUCAGUCCAAGCUACUGUUCUCCUGUUAUGGCUGCUGCAUUCAAAUUAUUUAGUCCUGGGCGACUCGUCAGAAUUACCCGAGCUGCAAAAGCGUUCGGCUGCCCCAGUGUUCAGCUGCAUGCUACCGGGUCAGCCAUGGGUGUCUCGAUGGAAGACUUCAAUAAUGCGAAGGAGAAGCUGUCCGGUCUGAAAAAAGAUCCUGGCAAUGAGGCCAAACUGAAAAUCUACGCACUCUUCAAACAGGCCACUAAAGGACCCUGUAACACGCCUAAGCCUGGUAUGUUGGACUUCAUUAAUAAAGCCAAGUGGGACGCCUGGAAGUCUUUGGGAUCUGUGUCACAGGAGGAAGCCAAGCAGCAGUAUGUAGAUCUUAUUACCUCCCUGGCGGGAGCAGAAAGCCCAGAGAAAGAGGCGGCCAAGCCCGUAGGUGAAGCAUCCUCCUACCAGACACUGCUGGUGUCUACAAACGACAACAUCACCACCAUUACCCUGAACAGGCCAGAGAAGAAGAACGCCAUCACAGUGGAGAUGUAUAAUGAAAUCAUCAAAGCUCUGGACCAAGCCUCUAAAGAUGAUUCAGUCAUCACUGUCCUCACAGGUAGUGGAGAUUACUACUGCAGUGGAAAUGAUCUCACUAACUUCACCAAAAUCCCUGAGGGAGGAAUGGAACAGAUGGCAAAGGAUGCAGGAGAACUGCUGAGGCAGUAUGUGAAGGCCUACAUUGACUUCCCUAAGCCUCUAAUAGGAGUUAUAAACGGUCCUGCUGUGGGAGUAUCAGUCACUCUGCUUGGUCUUUUUGAUGUGGUCUAUGCUACUCAGAGGGCAACAUUUCAUACCCCCUUUAGCCAGCUUGGACAAAGUCCUGAGGGGUGUUCUUCCUACACCUUCCCUAAGAUGAUGGGGGCUGCAAAGGCUAGUGAAAUGCUGUUAUUUAAUAAGAAGCUCACAGCCACCCAGGCCUGUGAACAGGGUUUGGUCACGGAAGUCUUCCCUGACGGUAGCUUCCAGACAGAGGUGUGGACCAGACUCAAAGCUUACGCAAAACUGCCCAGGAAUUCUCUAGCCCUUUCUAAGCAGCUGAUUCGGGCUGCAGACAGGGAGCGUCUCCACUCCGUCAACGAUCAGGAAGUGGAGCGGCUGGUGGAGCGCUGGCUCUCAGAUGAGUGCAUGCAGGCCAUCAUGAGCUUCUUCACGGCCAAGGCCAAGCUGUGAGGACCGGAGGCCCUGAACACCGUCUGAGGGCCUGAACACCGUCUGAAGGCCUGAACACCAUCUGAAGACCUGAACACCGUCUGAAGGCCUGAACACCAUCUGAAGACCUGAACACCGUCUGAAGGCCUGAACACCAUCUGAAGGCCUGAACACCGUCUGAAGGCCUGAACACCAUCUGAAGGCCUGAACACCGUCUGAAGACCUGAACACCGUCUGAAGGCCUGAACACCAUCUGAAGACCUGAACACCAUCUGAAGGCCUGAACACAAUUUGGUGUCCUUCUGUUAAUCCCUUUUCAUUCUGGAGAUCCCAGUAUGGAUCUACAGAUCUUUGGAUGCAGCGCAUGCAAAGGCGUUUUACUCACAUUUUGGAAUUGAAAAUGUUGGUUUUGUGUGGCACUGAAUUAUUGUUAUUGUUCUUUAAUAUCAUCUGUCUGUUUUUAAAAUCUAUUGUAGUGAAAUGAAAAAGUGGAAUUGUAAUGACGUUUCUAUUUAGACGUGGUUUAAAGCUGUAACAUGUACUGUAUACCGGGCAGGAAAGCAAUAGUCCUGUCCAUCGCUUCAACUCUGCAUCAGGUACAGACAGACAGACAUACAUUCAAUGCCAUAUUUUGCUAAAAUAACACCAUACGUGCCUGUAUUAAAAAAAAAAAUAUUUUA